GCAAACUUGCCCCCUGAUUGCCGAUCAUUAAAUUAAUAUUGCAUCGUUAAGCCCUCUUCUUGCUUACCUUGUUUGUCUCUCCUUUAGUGUCCUUUCUGUUGCUCCUUUCCCCUUUUAUUUUCUCCAAAUUAAUAUUCUACUUCAUCCAACCCCCUGUCCUUUAUCUUAUCCAACCUUGAUCCCAUCCUUUGACCGUGUCACGAUCUUUGCAAUAUUGCCCUAGAAUUCUGUCAUCUUACCUGCAUAAUCAUUACUUUCGUGCCGUUUAAUUUAGCAAAAAUUGCCAUUAAAAUGCCAUCUUCGUCGAGGUCAGAUAGUUCCAAGGCUCGAAAGCUGGACAACGACAGCUUCGUCGCUUUUGACCACGCUGCGGCUGGACAUGAGGGAGUUCGCUGUACCCCCUCGGGCUCUUUCAUCGCGAAGCCUUGCACUCCCGCCGAGGUUGCGUUCUACGAGUCCUGUGCCCUCCACCCAGCUUUCGCCGAAUUUAUUCCGACCUACAUCGGAAGUUUGACCUCCGCAGAGGGACAACAACAGCCGCUUGCACUCGCCAGUGCCCAGCCGGGCGCUAUCGUUCUUCCUAGCUCCGAUUCGUCCGACGUAUCGACCGCUGUCGCAACCCCCCAACCGAACGGAGGAGCAAAUGCGCCCGACGCACCAGCAACUGUGGAACAGAAUUGGGUUCCAUCGGGCGGAAAGAAGAUCGACACAGGAUUGUCAAUCGUGUUGGAGAAUGUGGCAUGUGGAUUUAAACGACCGAACGUCUUGGACGUUAAAUUAGGCGCAAGAUUGUGGGCGGACGAUGCGCCGCUUGCCAAGCGAGCGAAGCUGGACAGUGUGUCUAAGGAGACGACCAGUUCCAGUUUGGGGUUCCGAAUUGCCGGGAUGAAAGUGUGGACUGGUGUUAAUGGGGAGAACGACGAAGGGGGUAAGACCGACCCGUAUGCGACUAAAUAUGAGGGCUCAGAGGGCGCAAAGGGCGAGGUCAUUGAGAAGGACGGCUACAGGCGUUAUGAUAAGUGGUACGGACGUGCGUUCAGUGACAAGAAUGUUAAGGAGGGUUUCGAGACUUUUCUUGCUGGCGCGAAGGCUGGUUCGGUUGACCGCUCGAAACUUAUCGCUCGGAGACUGGCCGAUGAACUAAAGAACCUGCAGGAGGUUCUCGAAUCCGAGGAGAGUCGGAUGUAUUCUGCAAGUGUCUUGAUCGUCUAUGAAGGUGACCCAGAGGCGAUGGAGAUUGCGCUUGAGGAGGAAAAGAAGGUCAAAGAAAACCCCAAAGAGGACCCGGAGGAGGAAGAAGAAGAAGACGAUGAGAGUUUUGAGCUUCAGCUCCAGCAGGAUGGCUCUUUUCCAGUGGUGGAUCUCCCGAUCCAGAAAGAUGGUCUACCUCAGCAGGCCAUUAAUAUCAGCAUCGAUCCGGAAACCAUUCAGUUGGGUGAUUCGGAUAUUGAAGAGGACGAGGAGGAGCCUCCGAAAGUGCAUGAUCUCCGUCUGAUUGAUUUUGCGCACGCCAGCUGGACACCCGGCCAGGGACCGGAUGAAAAUGUACUCAAGGGAGUACGAAGUCUGGUAACAUUCCUCAAUGAGCUUGCUAGAGAGUAAAUGUACAAGGUUCCAUCUGGACAUGUAUCCAAUAGUCGCCGGCGACUGGAUAUCAUACUUGUGCUGUUUACCAAUGUAUUAGUGAACUACCAAGUAGUGUCAGGAUGCUGCCUUCCAUGUUGAAGAUAGAUCUCAGCAGCAG